GUGUCGGGGCUGAGGAGUCCCCGCCCCUUUAUGCUAAUUAAGGUCUCCCAUUGGUGCAUCAGGGGAGCAGGCCCGCUCUGAUUGGUCAGGUCGAAGCCAUUUAUUCGCUGACAGCCCCGUCACAUGAAUGGUUGUCUAUUAACUUGUUCAAAAACUAUCUGGAGUUGUCAAGGCUCAGGCGGACAGAGGCGAAAAAGUACAGUUUGUUGAUGCUUUUUAGGAGAAGCGACGGGAGAAGUUUUGUGGACACAACAUAGCAAGGGGACCUAUUGGGAGAAGACUGUCUCACACACACGCACACACACACACUCACGGACAGGGAGAGAGAGAGAGUGAGAGUGUGUGGAGACGCGGCCGGUGCUUGUUGUUUUUUGUCCAGAGAAAAAAGUUGCUGGAGAAAAAAAAAAAAAAAAAAAAGCAGCGACAGGUAACUUUUAGGAGCUGCAGCCCGACGCGCCUGUUCACUGUCCUGGCUGGUGGAGUUAGUCUGUGUUUUUCUUCUGUUCGGGAGCUCAACACUAAAGCUGUUCCUGAUGUAUAACAUGAUGGAGACUGAACUGAAGCCCCCAGCUCCCCAGACCAACACGGGGGGCACGGGCAACACGAACACGUCCGGCACUGGCACCAACCAGAAAAACAGUCCGGAGCGGGUUAAGAGACCCAUGAACGCGUUCAUGGUGUGGUCCAGGGGCCAGAGGAGGAAGAUGGCGCAAGAAAACCCCAAAAUGCACAACUCGGAGAUAAGCAAGAGACUGGGCGCAGAGUGGAAACUUCUGUCGGAGAGCGAGAAGAGACCUUUCAUCGACGAAGCCAAGAGGCUGCGGGCCCUGCACAUGAAGGAGCAUCCGGAUUACAAAUACCGGCCCCGGAGGAAAACCAAGACCCUCAUGAAGAAGGACAAGUACACCCUCCCCGGCGGGCUCCUGGCUCCGGGAGGAAACGGGAUGGGGACCGGGGUCGGUGUGGGAGUCGGGGCCGGGCUGGGCGGUGGAGUGAACCAGCGGAUGGACAGCUAUGCGGCGCACAUGAACGGCUGGACCAACGGGGGAUACGGGAUGAUGCAGGACCAGCUGAGCUACCAGCACCCGGGGCUGAACGCGCACAACCCGGGUCAGAUGCAGUCCAUGCACCGCUACGACAUGAGCGCACUGCAGUACAACACCAUGACCAGUUCCCAGAGCUACAUGAACGGCUCCCCGACAUACUCCAUGUCCUACUCCCAGCAGACCACACCGGGAAUGACCGCCUUGGGCUCCAUGGGGCCCUCGUCGGUGGUAAAGUCCGAGUCCAGCAGCUCUAGUCCGCCUGUCGUCACCUCGUCGUCCCACCGGGGCGCACCGGGCUGCCAAAGCGGAGAUCUGAGGGACAUGAUCAGCAUGUACCUGCCCGGGGCGGAGGUCAGCGAGCAGAGCGCCCAGACCAGGCUACACAUGUCCGGGCACUACCAGAGCACCGUGCCCGGGACGACGAUCAACGGCACGCUGCCCUUAACACACAUGUAAGAGACACAAAAAGCAGAAAAGAGAAAGAGAGAGAGGGAAAAAAAGAACUUUUAUAAGAGAAAAAUGUGGACUACUUAACGUUGGACUAUUUUUGUACAGAAAAUUUCAGGGUGGGAAAAGUUGUAUAGAAGUCUCCAGGAAAAGGACACACGACUCUUUUUUUUUUUUUUCUUUCAUUUUAUUCUAAGGAAGCUCUAGAAACGGUAGGAGAUCCCGUCUUCGCUGGUGGAUGAAGUUUGGAUGAAGACUAGAAAGUGGGAGUCGCAAUCAAAUGUUUUAUUAUUGCAAUCACCUUUUGUACAGUAUUUAUCAAAGAAACACUACAAUCAGAUGAAAUUGUUUGUUAAACUGCAAGAGGUUGAAUUUUUCUUUUUUUAUAUAUAUAUAAAUAUAUAUUAAGCAACGCCAGUUCUGCAGAAAAUAAUUAAAAAGUGAAAAUGAGAACUGGAAUUAAGUGGGGGCGAUCAGUUAUGCUCCUUUUUAUUACUGCAAACAUUGGAAAGAAAAGGGACAAAAACGAAGCAGGUAAUACUGUUUUUUUGGGGUUGUUGUUUUUUUUUUUUUUUUUUUUUUUUGUUCAUUUAAGGUCAAAUAUUACUAAACAUUUUAAUUUCGUAAAAAAAACUAUGAAAGACGCUUUUUUUCUCUCAUACAGCUUAAAUAUAGGUUGUUAAUUUAUAUUUCCGUCUCCCACUUUUCAUAUGUUAGAGGUAUGACGCUUGUGCUCUUUAUUUUCUAAUUGAUUUGUACAAUUUCUGUAUAUUUACUGUGAUAUUUUAAGUUUUUAUUUCAAAAUUCAUUCCCGUAGUUGUAUUUUAAAAAUUGUGGCCUGUACGCAGAAGCCAACCACUCCAUGUAUAUAUACCGGAACUAAUACCAUCCUUAUAACAGUUACAAUUUCAGCUGAGUAUAUUUUUUUUCAAUAUGCAGUUUGAAAUGAAUAAAUUUUGGAAAUUUGGAUACUUGAAA